CCCUCGCGUUACGUAUACGCCGAUGUCUCCCAUCAGUAAAACGUUACGCCUCCAUAUCAGCAAAUCCAUAAUCUAAUUUUUCAAAUAACAAAUUAGGUAAAACUAUAAUAGAUGGAAACACAAAAAAAAAAAUUACCAAAACGAGAUUAAACAGCUAGCUAGUCUUAUCACCAAAAGAGCAACCAAAAAAAAAAAAAAAAUACAACUCAAUAAAAACCUUCCCGGCUAAAGUUCUUCCUUCCCUACUACAGCCCCACUAUAAAACCAAAUCCAAAAUACCCGCAAACCGCAUUCCAUAUCCUUCAAAAACACCUUCUCUUCCAAAACCUUGAGCAAAUCAUGGGAACCCUAGCAGCUUCACCGACGUCGCUGGCUUCUCCGCCACCGCCACCACCAGAAAGGCCACUGAAGAAAAUCGCCGCCGUCGCCUCCAUCGCCGCCGGCAUCCAGUUCGGGUGGGCACUCCAGCUGUCCCUCCUCACCCCUUACGUCCAGCUCCUCGGCAUCCCCCACAGGUGGGCCGCAAUGAUCUGGCUCUGCGGCCCGAUCUCCGGGAUCGUGGUCCAACCGCUGGUCGGCCACUUCAGCGACCGCCGAACCGGCCGGUUCGGCCGCCGAACCCCGUUCAUCCUCUCGGGGAUGGUCCUCGUCGUGGUCGCCGUCCUGCUGAUCGGCUUCGCGGCCGACAUCGGCCACCGCUACGGCGACUCGCUCGACAAGGGUCGGCCCAGGACCCGGGCCAUUGCGGUGUUCGUGGUCGGGUUCUGGGUCCUGGACGUCUCCAACAACAUGCUGCAGGGCCCCUGCAGGGCCCUGCUGGGCGACCUCUCGGGCGAGAGCCAGCGGCUCACCCGGUUCGCCAACGCGCUCUUCUCGUGCUUCAUGGGCGUGGGGAACGUCCUGGGCUACCUCGCUGGAGCCCAGGACGGCCUCCACGAGUUUCCACUCUUUCGCUUCGCCGCGACCCGGGCCUGCGACGUCUACUGCGCGAACCUCAAGUCGUGCUUCUUCAUCUCGGCCGCCCUCCUCAUCUUCCUCACCGUCGUCGCGGUCGCGUACGUCCGUGAGCAGCCGUGGGACCCCAACACCACCGAACCAUCAGGUUCGAACCUUGAGGCCAACAACAACAACAAGUCAACGUCAGGAGGAAAAAGUGGUGGUGGUGGUACCACAAGCGUGUUUUCAGCGUUGAGAAAUCUGGACCGUCCGAUGUGGAUGCUUUUGCUGGUGACGUGUCUCAACUGGAUUGCGUGGUUUCCGUGGGUCCUAUACGACACCGAUUGGAUGGGGAGGGAAGUGUACGGCGGGAGCUCGCAAGGGGAUCCGGGUCGGGUCAGGCUGUACGACCGCGGGGUUCGGGCCGGGUCGUUAGGGUUGAUGAUUAAUUCGAUCGUCCUCCUCGUCGUUUCCCUCGCAAUCGAUCCGUUGGCGGGGAAAUUGGGAGUGAAGAUGCUCUGGGGACUCGUGAAUUUCGUCUUGGGGGUUUGCUUGGUGAUGACGAUUGUGAUCACGAAAUUGGCGGAAACAGAGAGGCGGAGGGGAUACGGCGGCGGUGGAGGGGCGGUGGGACCGUCGUCGGGGAUCAAGAACGGGGCGCUGGCGGUGUUCGGGGUUUUGGGGCUGCCGCUGGCGGUGACGUACAGCAUUCCGUUCGCGAUGGCGUCGAUCUACUCGCACGGCUCCGGCGCCGGGCAGGGAUUGUCGCUGGGGGUGGUGAAUCUGGCGAUCUGCCUGCCGCAGAUGGUGAUCUCGCUCGGGAGCGGGCCGUUCGAUGCGGCGUUCGGCGGCGGAAACUUGCCGGCGUUUAUCGUCGGGACGGUGGUGGCUUUUGUCAGCGCGAUCUGCGCCGCUACUCUGCUGCCGAAGCCGAAGAACUCGUCGGGAAAUUAGUGGUGAUAAUUAUCGACUAAUGAUAAUAUUGUGUGUGUUUUUUUUCUUUUUAAUUUUUUAAUUCGAGUGUAUAAUUUUUCUUCUUCUGUUCUUUGUCCGGCUCGUAUUAGUGUGUUAGUUAGAGGAUUAUUGAUGCGUUGUCGUUUGGAGUUUUCCCGAUUUUAAUGGGAAAAGAGGUGUUAUAGUGUGGUUUAUAAUGUUUGAGGCUUUUGAUUAUCCUAUUAAUGGGUUCUUUGCGUGUUCAUCUUUAAUUGUGUUUUGAUGUGAUGUACGUAGUUUCAUUGUAGGAUUUGUGGGAUACGAACGUCUUGAUUUAUUAUAAGCAAUUAUUUAGUCAAUCGACAUUAUUAUGAAUAAAACUACCACUAACUAUUAGAUUUGUGAUUGAUACCCUUUAAUAUCGAUAUUAUUCAUCAACUAAAAGGUGCACUCACAUGUCAUUGCCAUGUGUAGGGAAUUUAAACAAUUAAAACCAGCGUAAAACAACAAAAUAAAAAACUAAGAUAAUU